GCACGGAGUGACCAGGCUGCAGGGGAUGACCUUCGCAGAGAGCGAGGAAAUGUGCAUCAGAGCAAACAUGGUGUGGUCGACAAUGAGGCUGCGCCUCGGGGGCACGGGCGCAGCGUUCCGGGCACGCGCCGGCAGCGCGGCGUGGCGCCUCGGCGAGAUGGACGGCACGGGCUGGGCGGCCGCGGCCCGGGACGAGGCGGCGGUCGCCCUGGGGGCCGAAGAGGACAGCCAGAGCGAGGAGGGCAGCCAGAGCGACGAGGGCCUGAUGGAGGACAUGCUGGAGCUGCCGCCGGGCAGCGGCGCGGCCAGCGCGGACGGGGGCGCCCUGGGCGGCUACGUCGCGCUGGACCUCUUCCUGAAGCGGGCCUCGCAGCAGGACGGGGAGGGCGGGGGGGCGCCAGGGGGCUCCCAGUUCUCGUCAAUGUUCCGGGACCUGAAGAGCAGUGACAGCACGCGCCAGCUCAUGGCGCUCACGGAGCUGUCGGAGUACCUCAGCUUCAGCUCCGAGGAGGCCCUGCUCUCGUUCCCCAUGAAGAUGUUCAUCCCGGUGCUCGUGAGCCUCCUGGAGAACCCCGGGCAGAGCGAGGAGAGCGCGGGGCAGGUGAUGCUCCUGUGCUGCCGGUGCCUGCAUAACCUCGUGGACAUCCUGCCCCCGACGGCGCGGAUCAUCAUCGCCGCGGGGGGCCUGCCCGUGCUCUGCUCCAAGCUCCUCAACGUGGAGUUCAUCGACGUCGCCGAGGUCGCAGUCGCCAUCAUCGAGUGGAUGUCGGAGGACCAGCCCCUGCAGGUGCUCCGGGCCGGCUGCCUCCAGGCGGCGGUGGCCUUCCUCGACUUCUUCCAGAUGGCCACCCAGCGGCAGGCGGCCAACGCGGCGUCGCUGAUGCUGGCCACGGCCCUCCCGAGCAGCGUGCUGGAGCAGCACGUCCAGCCCGUGCUGCCCACGCUCGCCGCGCUGCUGCAGCACUCGGACCCGCAGGUGGUGCAGUCCAUCUGCGAGUGCUGGCGCCGGGUCCUCGACAACACGAUCGCGGCGCACGGGCAGUUGCCCGGUGCGCCAGGAGGGCCCUCCUGCUGGACGCCCCUCGACCGGCUCACCGCUGGCAGCAGGCGGCACGCGGGCCCGGGCGACCGCCCCCGGAGGGACAGGAACAAGGUGUCGGCUGCGCCCGAGCCCGGCGCCUGCAGCAGCGCGGGCGGCUCCGGUAGCGCCGGGAGCUCGCCCGCGCUGGCGGCAGGGCCCCUGGCGGCGCUGCUCGAGGAGAUGUGCCCAGCCGGCGUGCUGGGGAACCUGCUCCUAUUGCUUGGCUCCGGCAUUUCGACCCCGUCGCCGCCCAGUUCGGUGGUCACGAACGAGGUCUUGUACAGCCUGUCCGUUCUCGCGAACUACUCCGAGACGAUCACGGAGGAGCUGUUGAACCAGGAGAUCUGUGAGCUGCUCCGGGGCAUUCUUACCAGCGGCGACUCUGGCGACCCAGGGCAGUCCUCUACGCGCCCACCCACAGGCCUCCUGCGCGCCCUGGCGGUAAUCGCAUCGAUGCUCCCCGCCGUGCGCACGAUUGGCUCCCGAUGCAUGUGCGACGAGAAGCGGCUUAAACUCUUCCGGGACAACCCUGGCUACCUGCAGCUCAUGGCCGAGUCUUUCUUGCCGGUCCUUCUUGAGAUCUAUGAGGUCUCCAUGGAGCCCAUCUCGGAGUCCCUCUGCGUCUCGCUGCUGCUCGCUCUCCUGAUGGCGUGCCGCGAGCAGCCGGAGCUGGUGCUGAGACUGGUGGAGCCGGCGGGGCUGUCGGGCUUCCUGGCCAACCUGCUGCUGGCGAGCCCUCCGCGCACGACCACUGUGGCGUGCCUGACCAUGGCGGAGGAGCUGCUGCAGCGCCACCCGGAGCCGUACUCGACGCUGUUCGCCCGGCACGGCGUGCUGCACGCCGUCCAGAGGCUGUCCGACGGCCGAGGCAGCCCGCGGAGCCGCUCUGCGAUGAUCACCACGUGCUGGAAGGAUGAAAUGAUUAAGGAGAUUGCCCAGCGUGUGCUUUCUGCUCACCGCCAGCCCACAGUCGCUGGCAGUCCCAGCGAUGCGCCGCUGAGUGAGGUGGCAGCUCAGCUGAGAAGCGAUCCACGGGCAGUGCAGCCUUGCCACCGCGAAGCGCUCGAACGGCUCUUCCGCCUCCUGACCGCGGACAGCGGAGUCACCACCUUCGAGCUCGCCUCGAGCGAGCUCGCUGAUGCCCUGCACGCGUUCUUGUACCCCUGCGUGGGCGACGCCAGCUCCUCAGGUUGGAGAGACGCGCUCAGCGACCGCCUGCAGCUGUUCAUCAACUGCGCGGGCAGGUCGCCAGACGGCGCGCUAGGGACGCUGGUGCGCCUCGUCGUGUCGGCGGCGCAGCGCGUUGAACAGCAGCCGCUGACGCUGUUCCCGAUGCACGCCCUCCUUGAGGCCGCGCUGCCGCCGCACCUGCGGGCGCACAGCGCAGGGGGGCCGCCUGGGCGGGGCGGCGCGCUAGAGCUCGCGGGCGGCUUCGCCGUCGGCGGCCGCGGCGGCCGCGGCCGCGACCCCAGCGGGGGGGGCUCCCCGCUGCUCUCUGUGCUGCGGCUGCUGGCCAGGCCGGUCAAGGUGCGCAUCUCGCCCCAUGGCGCGCCCCCAGCCGCUGGGAGCGCCGCUGCCCCGCCGCCCCAGUGCGCCCCCUGGGACGGCGCGGCGCCGCACGGCGGCGCGGGGCCCGGGCGCGCUCGCCGCUUCGGGGAGGGGCCGCCGCACGCUCAGCCUGGCUCCUCGGCGGCUGCGGCCGCGCGCGAGGGGUCCGCUCCAGUGCUCGCGGCGUCGCCAGCCGCGCGGCUGCGUGACUACCUGGCCUCCAAGGUGCUGCCGACGGCCGGCCGCAAGCGGCCAGUGCUCUCCGCCGGCGCGCCGCCGUCGGGCGCCUCGCCGUCGCGGGGCGCCAUGGCGAGCUUCUUCUCCAAGGCCGCGUCUGGGCCGGCGCCGAGCGCUGCUGAGGAGUGGCUGGGCGGCUCGCCCAGGUGCGGCGAAGAGGGCGAAGGGCCGCCAGGCGGCGCGGCGGGCUCCGCGGCACGCGCUUCGGACCUGCUGGGCGGCCGCCGCGCGUACCGGGGCCGCGCGCCCCCGGAGGACGCCGUCGAGGCGGUGCUGUUGGUGGAACCGUUCGCGAUGGUGGGCGCGCUGGAGGACUACAUCUGGGACAAGCUGGGACCUGGUCGAGACGGCGCGGGCAGCCUGGGGUCCCCAGCCUCCCCAUCCGACCGCCUCGAAGCCGCGCCCGGCGGUGGCGCGGGGUCCGCCUCCGCAGAGUCCGGCUCGCCCGCCGACGUCGCCUCGCCGUGGGGCUCGGCGCGAGCACGGGCCGAGGGCACGGACAGCGGCGUCCAGAGCCCAGGCGGGGCCUCCGCGCCAGCGUCGCCGGUCGCCGCGGCAGCCGAGGGCGGCUGCGGGCGGCAGCCCGCCGUGUCGGAGCAGAGGGCGCAGAGGGUGCAGCUCUUCCUCGACGGGCAGCCGCUCUCCUCCAAGGCGAGCCUGGUCCAGUCGCUGGUGCAGCGCGCGGGCCAGCGCUCCGCCCCGCGCGGCGGCCAGCGCCGGCCCGCGCGGAGCCCCCACCAGGGGCAGCCGCGCGCGGAGCGGUUCCUGGUCUCUGCCGAGGACAGCUCGGGCGCCUCGGGGAACGAGGGCACGCCUCCCGACGGGCGCGGCGCCAACGCCGCGUCCCAGGGGCACAUCUCCGGGGCCAUCUGGGGCUCUGUGCAUUCCAUGACCUACGAGCUCGCCGCACCCGAGGCCCGCCCCCAGAGCCCGCGGGGGGCCUACGGGCACGGCCCCGUCGGCGCGGGGCCCCUGGAGCUGAGCAGGCCCUCCCAGGACGGGCCCGCUUUCGUGCCCGCGGACCUGGACGCGCUGGUGUGGCGCCACGCGCGGGCGGCUGCGGCGAUCCCGGCGCUGCUUGCAUCAGCGGACGGCGCGGAGGGGGGGCAGUUGGCGGCGUUGUUGCAGCUCGCCUCCGCCCUGCGCCGCGCUUGCGAGCACCUGGGCGCGGAGGCGCUGGAGGACGGCUCGUUCCACUGCAAGGCCCUGACGUGCGCGCUGCUGCGGCAGCUGUCUGACCCCCUCGCGGUCUGCACCGGGUCCGUGGCGCCCUGGUGCACCCAGCUGGCCGCCGCGUGCCCCUACCUGUUCCCGGGGAGCGCCCGGCGCAUCCUGCACAACAGCUGCAGCCUCGGUCCGAGCAGGGCGCUGCACCACGUCCAGCAGCGCGCCCUGGCGCAAAACGCGCACAGCCAGGAGGCGCAGCGCCAGCUGGAGGGCGAGGUGGCUGUCGCCAGCAUCCCGCGCCAGAAGGUCCGCAUCUCGCGGCAGCGCAUGCUGGAGAGCGCGGUGAAGGUGAUGAACCUGUACGGGGCUGGCACCCCGAUCCUGGAGGUGGAGUACGUGGGAGAAGUGGGCACCGGCCUCGGGCCCACCCUGGAGUUCUACGCGCAGGUGGCGGAGAUGCUCCGCACCUCAGAGCCGCGGCUGUUCCGGGAGGGCGUGCCGAUGGGAAUGAUAUAUCCAGAGCCAUGGCACCCAGCAUGGUUGCGCGAUGGGCAGGACAAGGAAGCGCAGCAGAUCCUGGAGCGCUUCCGCCUGCUGGGCCACGUGGUGGCAAAGUGCAUCCUCGACAGCCGCCUGGUGGACAUACAGCUGCACCCGCUCUUCUGGCGCCUGAUCCUCGGCCAUGGCCCCCUGUCGCUGAGCUCCCUCCGCGAGGUCGACCCCGCGCUGUUCAGCCAGAUGAGCGGCCUGCCGUCAAUGAGCGCCGCUGAUCUGGAGGGGCUCUGCGUCGACUUCACGUUGCCUGGCCAUCCACAGGUCGAGCUCAAGGCAGGAGGGUCUGGCAUCCUGCUCACGGCCGACAGCGUAGGGGAGUACGUCGCGCUCGUAUCGGAGGCCUCACUGGCGACCGCUUGCGAGCCGCAGGCGGCCGCCUUCAGGCAGGCCUUUGCGGAACUGCUGCCGCUGGACGCGUGCCAGAUUUGGUCGGAGAUGGAGCUCUCUUCGAUCAUUAUGGGCGCCUCGGUCACCAACGACUCGUUCUGGACUCUGGACCACCUUAGUGCGCACAUUAAGGCGCAGCACGGCUACAACGCGCAGUCCACGUGCUUCCGCGACUUGCUGGCUGCGAUGGCGACGUUCGAGCCAGAGGACAGGCGGAAGUUCUUGAUGUUCGUGUCGGGCACGCCUGCCCUCCCCUCCAGCGGAUUCGCAGGGCUGAAGCCACCCUUGACGGUGGUGAAGAAGGAGGCCCCCGAGGCUCCGCGAUCACCAGACGAGUUCAUGCCGUCGGUAAUGACGUGCGCAAACUACCUGAAGUUGCCAGAGUACUCCUCGGCAGAAAUCCUGAAGCAAAAAUUGCAGCUGGCCAUGAACGAAGGCUUCGCUGGCGCGAGUCCGCGGAAGCCGGGCGUGACAGAAAGGCGGAACGAGCGGCCUGUUUCCCGAGAG